CGCGGACCGGAAGCGCGGCUGGUCCAAGAUGGCGGGUGGGAAAGGCCUCUAUCUCCACCGCGCAGACCGGAAGUGCGGCGCUGGCCCGGAAACGGCCGCGGCAUCCCCGGGGCAACAUGGUUUACGUGGCGGACGGGCAAGUUGUGGACAACAGGAGCCAAGCACCAUGGAGGCUCUCGUCAAUCGUGCAGUUUUUCUGGGGAAUAGUGGAGUUUGUUGCUUUCUUCUUUCGGACGCUGUUCAAUCCAUCUGGAGCCGAAUCUAAAAGGACUGGAAAUCAGUCGUCAUGGGGCAGACCUGAUGAUGGACGAGGCCCCCCUGGAGUUCCGCGGAGAAGAAUGGGUCGGAUAAACCAAGGCGGGGGCCCGGCAGCACCGCCAAUGUCAGGGGGAUGAGGAAGGUAAACGCCUGCUUUCCAAAGCAGGCGGUGGGAAGUACAUUCACAAGGUCGUGCAAGAAGUUAGUGAGAAGGUGGGGAGAUGAUCGGAAGUUGGCUGGACUUGAAGGGUGGAUGUGCUUGUCCAUGCACAAGUGUUGCCCUCUGACUACAGAGAUGAAUGAUGUUGGGCCAGGAACACCUGCAAGAAGGUUCUGGCACAAUGGAGCGGCAACCCUCUGGGAUCUUAUUUAAUAAAAGUCUUUUUAUUUUUCAAGUGUUUAUUUCAAAACUUGUACUUAAAUUGUAUUGAACUGAACUGCUGUUCUUCCAAAUCUUGCUAUUAAUAAAGUAUUUAAAGACGCAUA